AUGGAUACUCGAUUUCCUUUCUCACCAGCGGAGGUCGCUAAAGUCCGAAUGGUUCAAUUUGGCAUUCUCAGCCCCGACGAGAUAAGGCAAAUGUCUGUGAUACAAAUUGAGCACAGCGAGACUACAGAGAGAGGAAAGCCAAAGCCAGGAGGACUAAGUGAUCCGAGGCUGGGUACAAUUGAUAGAAAGAUGAAGUGUGAGACUUGUACGGCAAAUAUGGCAGAGUGUCCAGGGCAUUUUGGGCACUUGGAGCUUGCCAAGCCUAUGUUUCAUAUUGGGUUUAUGAAGACUGUGCUUAGUAUCAUGAGAUGUGUUUGCUUCAAUUGCUCAAAGAUAUUGGCUGAUGAGGAAGAGCACAAGUUUAAGCAAGCCAUGAGAAUUAAGAAUCCCAAAAACAGGCUCAAAAAGAUUUUGGAUGCUUGCAAGAAUAAAACUAAAUGUGAAGGUGGAGAUGAAAUUGAUGUUCAAAGUCAAGAUACUGAAGAGCCAGUUAAGAAGAGCCGUGGUGGCUGUGGUGCUCAGCAGCCAAAGCUGACAAUUGAAGGUAUGAAGAUGAUUGCAGAGUACAAGGCUCAAAGGAAGAAAAAUGAUGAUCAGGAACAGCUGCCUGAACCUGUGGAAAGAAAGCAAACCCUUACAGCUGAAAGGGUGCUGAGUGUUUUGAAGAGGAUAAGUGAUGAGGAUUGUCAGUUGCUGGGCUUGAACCCUAAGUAUGCUCGUCCUGAUUGGAUGAUUCUUCAAGUCCUUCCGAUUCCGCCACCUCCUGUGAGGCCCUCUGUGAUGAUGGAUACAUCCUCCAGGAGUGAGGAUGAUUUGACUCAUCAGUUAGCAAUGAUCAUUAGACACAAUGAGAAUCUGAGAAGACAGGAGAGGAGUGGGGCACCUGCUCAUAUCAUAUCUGAGUUUGCACAGUUGUUGCAGUUCCAUGUAGCUACAUAUUUUGACAAUGAGUUGCCUGGACAGCCACGGGCCACUCAGAGAUCAGGGAGACCUAUUAAAUCUAUAUGUAGUAGGCUUAAGGCAAAGGAAGGCCGGAUUAGGGGUAAUUUGAUGGGGAAACGUGUGGACUUCUCUGCACGUACAGUUAUUACGCCAGAUCCCACCAUUAACAUUGAUGAAUUAGGAGUACCUUGGAGUAUUGCUUUGAAUCUCACAUAUCCAGAAACUGUGACUCCUUAUAACAUUGAAAGGUUGAAGGAGCUUGUUGAGUAUGGGCCACAUCCUCCACCUGGCAAAACUGGUGCUAAAUACAUCAUAAGGGAUGAUGGACAAAGACUUGAUCUUCGUUACUUGAAGAAAAGUAGCGAUCAUCAUCUGGAGCUUGGUUACAAGGUGGAACGGCAUUUAAAUGAUGGUGACUUUGUCCUCUUUAAUCGUCAACCCAGUCUCCAUAAAAUGUCAAUAAUGGGGCACAGAAUCAAGAUUAUGCCAUAUUCAACUUUCCGCCUGAACCUUUCUGUUACUUCACCAUAUAAUGCUGAUUUCGAUGGUGAUGAAAUGAAUAUGCAUGUCCCACAAUCAUUUGAAACUAGAGCAGAAGUAUUAGAGCUAAUGAUGGUGCCAAAGUGCAUCGUGUCACCUCAAUCAAACCGACCUGUAAUGGGAAUUGUACAGGAUACGCUUUUAGGAUGCCGCAAAAUCACCAAGAGGGAUACCUUUAUAGAGAAGGAUGUUUUCAUGAACAUCUUGAUGUGGUGGGAGGAUUUUGAUGGGAAAAUUCCUGCUCCUACGAUUGUGAAGCCACGACCACUUUGGACUGGGAAACAAGUUUUUAACCUUAUCAUACCCAAGCAGAUUAAUCUGAUUAGAACUGCUGCCUGGCAUACAGAUUCAGAGAGAGGAAGCAUCACUCCAGGGGAUACAUUAGUCCGCAUAGAAAAAGGGGAGGUGAUUUCUGGAACCCUCUGCAAGAAAACGCUCGGGACUUCUACUGGAAGUCUUAUACAUUGCAUUUGGGAAGAGGUUGGGCCGGAUGCAGCUCGUAAAUUUUUGGGGCAUACGCAGUGGCUAGUGAAUUAUUGGCUUUUGCAAAAUGCUUUCAGUAUUGGAAUUGGAGAUACUAUUGCUGAUGCAUCAACAAUGGAAAAAAUCAAUGAGACUAUUUCAAAUGCAAAAAAUGAGGUGAAAGAUCUUAUUAGGAAAGCCCAGAAUAAGGAGUUAGAGGCUGAACCUGGACGGACUAUGAUGGAUUCAUUUGAAAACAGAGUGAACCAGGUGCUAAACAAAGCUCGUGAUGAUGCAGGAAGCAGAUCAAAAGGGAGUUUCAUUAACAUAUCACAGAUGACUGCUUGUGUGGGACAGCAAAAUGUUGAGGGUAAGCGUAUACCAUAUGGCUUCAUUGACCGGACGCUGCCGCACUUCACCAAGGAUGACUAUGGUCCUGAAAGUCGUGGGUUUGUGGAGAACUCAUACUUGCGUGGGUUAACCCCACAAGAGUUCUUUUUUCAUGCCAUGGGUGGUAGGGAAGGUCUCAUUGAUACUGCAGUGAAGACUUCUGAGACUGGCUACAUCCAGAGGCGACUGGUGAAGGCCAUGGAGGAUAUUAUGGUUAAAUAUGAUGGUACAGUUAGGAACUCAUUGGGGGACGUUAUUCAGUUUCUCUAUGGGGAAGAUGGUAUGGAUUCUGUCUGGAUAGAAUCACAAAAAUUGGAUUCUCUCAAAAUGAAGAAAGCAGAAUUUGACAGGGUAUUCAGAUAUGAAUUUGAUGAUGAAGACUGGAACCCUACUUACAUGAUGCCUGAUCAUGUCGAGGAUUUGAGAAAUAUCCGAGAAUUGCGUGAUGUGUUUGAUGCUGAAGUUCAAAAACUUGAAGCAGAUAGAUACCAACUUGGAACAGAAAUUGCGACCACCGGUGAUAAUACAUGGCCAAUGCCUGUUAACCUCAAGAGGCUUAUUUGGAAUGCACAGAAGACUUUCAAGAUUGAUACAAGAAUUGGAAAGCUUUCAGAUAUUCAUCCAAUGGAGGCUGUAGAAGCUGUUGAUAAGCUUCAGGAGAGACUUAAGGUUGUUCCUGGUGAUGAUCCGUUGAGUGUGGAAGCCCAAAAAAAUGCCACUCUCUUCUUUGGAAUCUUGCUUCGCAGCACAUUGGCCAGUAAAAGGGUGUUGCAGGAAUAUAGGCUCAGUCGUGAAGCAUUUGAUUGGGUUAUUGGUGAGAUAGAAUCACGAUUCUUACAAUCAUUAGUGGCACCGGGUGAGAUGAUUGGUUGUGUUGCUGCACAAUCCAUUGGAGAGCCUGCCACUCAAAUGACCCUCAAUACUUUCCAUUAUGCUGGUGUUAGUGCAAAGAAUGUCACUUUAGGUGUUCCUAGGUUGAGGGAAAUUAUUAAUACAAAGGAGAAGGCUAAAAAUGUUCAGUGUGCUUUGGAAUACACCACUCUCCGAAGUGUCACACAAGCUACAGAAGUGUGGUAUGACCCAGAUCCAAUGAGUACAAUAAUUGAAGAGGACGCUGACUUUGUGAAGUCGUAUUAUGAAAUGCCAGAUGAAGAGGUUGCACCUGAGAAAAUCUCUCCCUGGUUGCUUCGCAUAGAGUUGAACCGUGAAAUGAUGAUUGAUAAGAAGCUAAACAUGGCCGACAUUGCUGAGAAGAUCAAUACUGAGUUUGAUGAUGAUUUGACGUGUAUCUUUAACGAUGACAAUGCUGAGAAACUGAUUCUUCGUAUCCGUAUCAUGAAUGAUGAAGCUCCAAAGGGGGAGUUGAAUGAUGAAUCGGCUGAAGAUGAUGUUUUCCUGAAAAAGAUUGAGAGUAACAUGCUAACUGAAAUGGCUCUUCGUGGCAUCCCAGAUAUAAACAAGGUGUUCAUUAAAAAUGCCAAGGUAAGCAGGUUUGAUGAGAGCGAAGGAUUUAAGACUGCAGAGGAGUGGAUGCUAGAUACAGAGGGUGUCAAUCUCCUGGCUGUUAUGUGCAAUGAAAAUGUUGAUGCCCGAAAGACAACAAGCAAUCACUUGAUUGAAGUUAUUGAAGUUCUUGGAAUUGAGGCUGUUCGUCGUUCCCUGCUGGAUGAAUUGCGGGUUGUCAUAUCUUUUGAUGGAUCUUAUGUGAAUUACCGGCAUCUGGCUAUACUGUGUGAUACAAUGACCUACCGUGGUCACUUGAUGGCAAUCACUCGUCAUGGUAUCAAUCGGAAUGAUACUGGGCCAAUGAUGAGAUGUUCAUUUGAAGAGACUGUGGACAUCCUCCUUGAUGCUGCAGGGGUCACUGAAAAUAUAAUGCUGGGUCAGCUCGCUCCAAUUGGCACUGGAGAUUGUUCUCUUUACCUCAAUGAUGAGAUGUUGAAGAAUGCUAUUGAACUCCAGCUCCCUAGUUAUAUGGAGGGCCUUGAUUUUGGCAUGACACCUGGUCGUUCGCCAGUGUCUGGGACUCCUUAUCAUGACAGCAUGAUGUCUCCCAUGCCGAGUCCAAAUCUUCGCAUGUCGCCUACUUUAGAUGGAGUGGCCUUUUCACCGUAUGUUGGAGGAAUGGCCUUUUCUCCUGGUUUAUCUCCUGCUUCAACAUCUCCAGGCUACAGCCCAUCAUCUCCAGUAUACAGUCCUGGAUACAGUCCUACUUCACCUUCAUACAGCCCUGCUUCUCCAAAUUAUAGCCCUGCUUCUCCCAAUUACAGCCCAACUUCGCCCACUUAUAGUCCCAGUUCUCCUAGUUAUAGCCCAACGAGUCCUGCCUAUUCUCCUACAAGUCCAUCAUACUCCCCCACUUCACCAAGCUACAGCCCCACAUCCCCGAGCUAUAGCCCCACUUCUCCGAGCUACAGCCCCACAUCCCCCAGCUACAGCCCCACUUCACCAGCAUACAGCCCCACCUCACCUGCAUACAGCCCCACCUCACCCUCAUACAGCCCUACCUCCCCUUCCUACAGCCCCACCUCCCCCUCCUACAGCCCCACCUCCCCCUCCUACAGCCCUACCUCUCCAGCCUACAGCCCAACCUCCCCUGGCUACAGCCCAACCUCACCAAGCUACAGCCCAACCUUGCCAAGCUACAGUCCAACCUCGCCAAGUUACAAUCCCCAAUCUGCAAAAUACAGCCCAUCACUGGCUUACUCACCUAGUAGUCCUAGACUGUCACCUGCCAGUCCUUACAGUCCAACAUCUCCAAAUUAUAGCCCAACAUCACCCUCUUAUUCGCCAACAUCUCCAUCGUAUUCCCCUUCAAGUCCAACCUACAGUCCUAGCAGUCCAUAUAAUUCUGGUGUCAGCCCAGACUACAGCCCAAGUUCUCCACAGUACAGUCCAAGUGCAGGGUACUCACCAAGUGCACCUGGUUAUUCGCCAUCGUCUACCAGCCAGUACACUCCUCAAACAAGUACCAAGGAUGACAGGGACAAGAAGGAUGAUGACAAGGGCACUCGAUGA